GACACCCACACACACUUCCCCGAGAGGAACAACAUGACAUUACACGGUAUGGCAGGUAAACUGGGUGAAAUGGACAUAAACGACGCAAGUCAGAUGAUCAUUGCAAAUCCAACAAGGGGGCUCGUAGAUGAAAAGUUUCACGUAGAUGUUUUAAACCUUCUUCCUCAUCAACCAAUUACAUUGCACUCUGUCUUUCAAUCGGAGGACAAUGAUUUUUGGGAAGCUUAUGGACACUAUAUCAGUGACUCUGAAGGAAUGGUAAAAGCUGAUGAAACGGAGUCCAGUGGUGGCUCAUUUACAGGCAGAGAUGCAAUGGGACUGAUCUGGAGUAUGAAGCCAGUACCUGGAAGCAGAACUGGGCUGAGGUUUCGAAAAAGAGAUGUCCAAACUCCAUAUGUAGUUCAUAUCUCUGUGUUUGAUGGGCAUAUUAGCAGUGGUUUCAAAGAGAAGUCUGCAUUGGCAUGCACUGUUGUGGAGCGCUGGUACAUGGCACCAGGAGUCUGUAGGAUUGAUAUCAGACAGGAUGGAGUUCAAGGAACACUGUUCCUCCCACCAGGUCCUGGACCAUUUCCUGGGAUUUUAGACCUGUGGGGAGGUGGAGGAGGUUUAGUCGAGUACCGUUCUGCAAUUCUUGCGUCUCAUGGUUAUGCCUCCCUGGCUUUGGAGUAUUGGUUUCAUAAAAACACAAGUGAGAAAUCUGCUGUGAUUGGAGAACAGUACUUUGAGGCAGCCUUUAACAUCAUGAAGAACCACCCCAGGGUAGCCAGUGAGCGAGUGGGUCUGUUUGGGUUAUCCUUUGGGACAUCUGUUGCUCUGGCAAUGGCAGGAAACUCAACAACAAUCAGCCCUAAGUGUGUGGUUUGUGUCAGUGGAAGCCAUGUUUUUCCUGUAAAAGAAUCCCUUUCUGGUGUAUUCGCAGAAAUGAAAACAAAUCUGAGUAAGGUGAAGGUUGAUGAGAAUAAUCACCUCAUCUGGAGAAACCUCAUUCUGCCUAUUCCUACAGAUCCAGACAAGAAAGUCAAUGUUGGGAACAUACGAUGUCCUCUAUUACUGAUUGUGGGCGAAGAUGAUCAAAACUGGCCAGCCCCUGAAUGUGCAGUAGAUAUUGAGAACAUGAUGAAAAAGGCAGGAAAUGAUCAUCUGCUCACUAAACUGUCAUAUCCUGGUGCAGGUCAUCUUAUUGAAACUCCAUACAGCCCUCAUACUCGAUUUAGCAAUUUUAUACUAGCAGACAGUAAGGAGAAAGUGAUGGUUUUAUGGGGAGGGGAGACAAAAUCCCACGCUUAUGCACAGGAGGACUCGUGGAGAAGGAUCUUGAAGUUUCUGGAACGUCACCUUUACCAGAGUUCAGUUCUAUGAUCUAAUGUGGGGAUAGCGGAUAGUUAACCCAAAUAAAGAGCAUGAAAAUAAUUCUGAAUAUUUUCAAAUCUGAUUAAUCCUAUCACUUAAGUUUUAAAAAAAGGAAGUCCAUACUCAUUUGUGUAGUUAACAUUUCUGUAUUUGAUAUGCAUGUUAGCAGUGGUUUCAAGGAGAAGUCUGUACUGGCAUGCAGUAUUAUGGAGUUCAUAGGGUAGAUAUCAGACCCAGUGAAGUUCAAGGAACACUUUUGCUUCUUCCAGGUAAAAUGUGUCAUACAAUUUUGAAUACAAUAGCAACCCUCACAAGUCUCAAGCUUACAAUGUGUGGUGCCACAAAAUGGUGCUAUGGUAGUUUUUGAUUUGGCAAGCACUGGCAAUGCAGCUGCUUUGUCUUGUGGUGUUCGUAUUUAUCCAGUAUUGUUAUAUAUUUACCAGCAUUUCUGAACAGAAUGGCUGUGCAACACAAAUUCAAAGUAAAUUUGAAGGAAACACAGUUGUGUUUUUGUGAAUUUACUUUCACUUUGUUAUUUUAAAGAUAAGAGAAUUGAAUGCUGAAGUAUUAUUGUCCACAGGCUACCUUCAUUACCCAAAGGCAAAUAGUCCAUUAUUCGUUGAAAAACGUACAUGAGAUACAGUGUUGUCAUAGAUAUUAGUAGCCAUUACUUUUUCAGAGAUCCAGGCUGAAAACAUUUGUAAUUCUGCUUUUUUCACACAAACUGAAUUUAGUAUGUACUUAAUUCAUCAUGAUUACUUUCAUUAUUAGAAUCACAACAUACAGUAUGUGUACCAUCCUGUCUAUGUAUAAAGGAAACCUCAGUUAUGUAUGUUUUAUUUUAUUUUCCAUGUUAAAUGAGCAUUUUAAUAUAAUGAGUUUCCAACUUA